AGCUUAUUAAAGUGAAAUGGGUAUAUCAUAACUGAAUAGUAUAUUGUGAACAUGGAACGAUCAGGACAGGGAUCUGAAGCCAUAACUGUAUUAAUGUAAUUUGACAUGAAACACCUGAGAUCUGGACAGAUAUCUGAAGUUAUAACAGUGUUAAUGUAAUUUUAACAGUAUGAAUGUAAUUUGACACGAAACACCCUCGAUCGCGGAAAGGUUACGUUAAGUUGUAACAGUAUGAAUAUAAUAUGAAAAACACCCAUGACCUCGGAGAAGUAACGCUAUUUGAAGCAAUUUUAGCAAACGGCUUUCCUCCCAAUCUGCGCAUGAUCGUUGACCUAUGCAAAUUAUCAAAUAGGCCACGCCUGCCCGAUGACGCAAUAUCGGUUAAGCUGUUCUGAAAUCUCUGGAAAAAAGUGCUAGCCCAGGUGUAAAAGAUAUCUAUGGACUUUUAAGAUAAUCAGUAAGCUGUUUUUAUUGUUGACGUUUUAUUUUUAUUUUUUUUAUAUCUAAGUGUAAGUGAAAGAAUCAUAAUUAUAAUAAUAAUAAUAAUAAUAAAAACCUUUAGAUAUUGCUCGUCACAAACUCCGCCCACACAGGUUUCUUCCUGCUUUCAUGAAACCUCGACAUGCAGGAUGACUGAAGAGACAGACGUCAGGAGUCAGAGAAGAUGAUGAUCAGCUGAUGACUUAAGAAAGAACAGAACAUCAACAUGUCCAGCAGAGAAAGCCGAGCUGUUGUUCACGGUACUGCUCAGAGGAGAAGACGGAGCAAAGAAAGACCACCCAACCUGAGUGAUCUGAGGAUUGUUCUUCUGGGGAAGAGUGUGUCAGAAAACAGUCUGGUAGGAAACUUCAUCUUAGGACGAGCAGCGUUUGACAGUGAAGCUCCUCCAGAUGUUGUAGAGAGAGUCGGAGGAAGACUGAAGGACAGACACCUGAUGGUCAUCAACAGCCCUCAGCUGCUCCAGACGAACAUCUCAGAUCAUCAGAUCACACACACAGUGAGAGAGUGUGUGUUUCUGUCUGAUCCAGGACCCCAUGUGAUCGUGCUGCUCCUCAGAUAUGAGCAGUGUUCAGCAGAAGAUCAGGAGUGUGUGGAGAAGGUGCUGCUCUCUUUCUCUGAGCAGGUUUAUCAACACACCAUGGUGCUCAGCACACAAGAGCCCAAUGAAACCAAUGACAUCUUACAGAAAAUCAUUCAGAAAUGUGCAAACAGACAUUUCAGUCUUCAGAGGAGCAGCUCUCCUGAUGAUCUCCUGCAGAUGUUUGAGGACAUUGUGCAAAUGAAUGAUGGACAUCACCUGGAGUGUGCUGAAGCUGCACAGUAUUUCACAGUGAAACAACAGACCACAGGAAGACUUUCAGAGGCUAUGAACCUGAAUCUGGUCGUGUGCGGGAGUGACGGGAUAUUAAAAUCCUCCGUAUCAGAGCGGAUCCUGCAGCAGACAGAUGUGGAGCUUCAUGGUCAUCUGAUGAAUCUGGUGGAGCUUCCAGCUCUGACUCGGCUCUCAGAGGAGGAAGUGAUGCGUCAGACUCUCAGCUGUGUGUCUCUCUGUGAUCCUGGAGUUCAUGUUUUCCUCCUCAUUGUUCCUGAUGCUCCACUCAAUAAUGAAGACAAAGCAGAAAUGGAAGAAAUCCAGAGGAUCUUCAGCUCAAGAAUCAACAAACACAUCAUGAUCCUCAUAAUGCAGGACUCAGAGCAUCAGACAGAAGAACUCAGUGAAGAAACACAGUCUGUCGUUGAGAGUUUCGGAGGACGACAUAAUUUCUUUGGUCCCAAAACACAAGUGUCCACAUUGAUGAAGAACAUUGAGCAGAUGCUGGAAGAAAACAGAGGAGGCUUUUUCUCUACAGAGACAUUUCUGGAGGCACAGAUGAAAAAACUGCUGCAAUUUGAAGCGAUGAAGAAGAAAAUUAAUUCACUAGAGACACAUUUACUGUCACAAGUUUCAAGAGAAAACACAGAUGAUGAACUGAGGAUUGUGCUGCUGGGAAAAACUGGAGUUGGGAAAAGUGCAACUGGAAACACCAUCUUAGGAAGAGAUGCUUUUAAGGCAGAAGCAUCUUUUGAAUCAGUGACUAAAGAGAGUCAGAGAGAAUCAUCUGAAAUCAACGGUCGACGUGUUACUGUGAUCGACACUCCAGGACUGUUUGAUACUGAACUGAGUAAUGAGGAGAUCCAGAGAGAAAUCAGACACUGCAUCUCCAUGAUCCUGCCUGGACCACAUGUGUUUCUCUUACUGAUACCACUGGGACGAUUCACUAAACAUGAGGAAGCAUCAGUGGAGAUCAUCCAAGAGACGUUUGGUGAGAAAUCUUUAAUGUUCACCAUGGUGCUCUUCACCAGAGGAGACGAUCUGAAAAACAAAAGCAUUGAACAGUGUUUGGGAAAACCUGGAUCUCCUCUGAUGAAGCUGAUUGAAGCGUGUGGAAACAAAUUCCAUGUGUUCAAUAAUAAUCAGACUGAAGACCGAACACAGGUGACCAAUCUACUGCAGAAGAUAGACAACAUGCUGAAAGAGAACGGAGGGAGUUUCUAUUCGUGUAAGAUGUUCAGAGAGAUGGAGAGAGAAAAACAAGAACAACAGAUGAAGAUACUGAUGGACAGAGUCAGAGAAAGAGAAGAAGAGAUGAAGAAAGAACGAGAGACAUUUAAACAUGAAACUGAGCAACUGAAGCAAAAAAAAAAGAAACUUCAGAUCAAAUACAACACAGAAACAGAACGACUGAUGAACAGAAUAGAAAAUGAGAGGAAAAAAAGAGAAGAAGAGUUUAAUGAAAGAGAAGAACGAUACAAAACACUAAUGAAAGAAAAAGAAGAGAGUGAGGAAAAGAUGUGUGAGGAGAUAAAGAGAGAAAGAGAGGAAUGGGAGAAACAAAAACUAGAGGAAAAGAUGAGAAGAGAAGAAGAGGAUGAGAAAAGAAGAGAGGAAGAACAGAGAGUUUGGUAUGAAUUUAAUCAGAAAUCGGCACAAGAGAGAGAGAAAAUGGAAAGAGAGAAAGAAGAUGUUGAAUCUAAAUAUGAAGCAGAAGAAAACAAGAUGAAGAUCCGGAUGGAGAAAAUGAACAGAGAACGAGAAGAAGAGAUGAAGAAACAUGAAGAAGAGAAAGAGAGAAUGAAGAUGAUGAUGGAGGAAGAACGACAGAAUCAGGACAAAGAGAGAAAGAGAAGGGAAGAAGAAUUUAAUGAGAGAGAAGAACGAUAUAAAACACUGAUAAAAGACAGAGAGGAAAAUGAGAGGAAAAUGCUUGAGCAGAUGAAACAGGAACGAAUGCAGUGGGAGAAACAGAAACAAGAUGAAAGACAGAAAAGAGAAGAAGAAAAAAUAGAAGAAAAACUGAAAUUUCAAAGUCCAGUUAGAGAUUACGGAAUGAUGCGAAUAAGACAAAGAGUUCCUGCCAACAUCCAGGAUACUCCAGUCUCCAGUCUCUCACCCAUAAGGAUUGUGCUGCUGGGUUGUGGUGGUGGUGGAAAGAGUGCAGCUGGAAACACAAUACUGGGACAGAAAGAGUUCAGAUCUGAGAUAAGUGUGACUGCAGUAACCCGUGAAUGUUCAGCUGCUCAGGCCACUGUUUCAGGCAGAUCUGUGACUGUAGUUGAUACUCCUGAAUUCACUUACAUCUACGCUGAGCAGUCAGUGACAGAGAUAAGGAGAAGUGUUUAUUUAUCCAGUCCUGGACCUCAAGCUUUUCUCAUUGUGUCUCCUCUGAAUAGGAGUUUCACUGAACAUGAGCAGCAGAUUGAGAUGUUGUUUGGUCAGGAGGUGUUAAAAUACUCCAUCAUUCUCUUCACUUAUGGAGAUCUGCUGAAAGGAAAAACCAUUGAGGAACUCAUCGAGGAGAACGAUGUUGUAAGACGUGCAGUACAGCAGUGUGGAGGCAGAUUUCAUGUCUUCAACAACAGAGAUCAGAGUAACAGAGAGCAGGUGAAUGAUCUGCUGGAAAAGAUUGACACAAUGAUAGAGCAGAAUGGAGGAGGAUACUACAGGAAUCAGAUGCUUGAAAAUGCUUGGAAAUUCAGACGAGAGGAGAAACAAAGACAGUAUUGUGUCUGUAGUUGAUACUCAUGGAUUUUUCACAAAAAUAUUAAAACCUGAAAGUGUUUAUUUAUCCAGUCCUGGACCGCGUGCGUUUCUCAUUGUCUUCAGAGUAAAUGACAGGGUCAUGGAGAUCAGUUAGAAGAGACCAUAGAGAACCAGAUUGAGGUGAACAGUAAUGAUAUGUCUGAAGAUGCUCUGAGAUUCAGAUUAGAUGAAAGAAAUAAACAGAGUAAAAAUGAUAGAUGAAAACACACAGACUGAAUAAAUGAUUGCUAAAAGAAAAGAAUCCACUUGUGAUGUUCUGUGUAUGCGCUUUAGCUUUUUUUGUUAACACUUUAGAAUAAUGAUCCGUUGUUAACAAGUAACUAUGCAUGAAGUAAUAGGUAGUAUUACAUUAACACUUAACUGAAUGCUAUUAACUAAUAUAGAAGCAAGAUUAACUAAGCAGUAAGUGGGCCUGCUCUCUUAUGUUUAAUGACAUAACAGAAGAUGGCUGAUUCAAACUCACACCUAAUGCAUUUUCUAUUAUAUCUAAUGUUUCCUCAGUUAAUUAAAUAUAUUUUCCUGUAGCUCAAACAGCAGAGGACUCCAGCAACACUGAGGUCAUGGGUUCAAUUCCCAGUGAAUGCAAGAACUGAUCAAAUGUUCAGCUUGAAUGCAAUUCAAGUCAGUUCGGAGAAAAACACCUUUCAAUGUGAUAACUCAGACAAACAAGAAACAAGUUAGAAUUUCAAAUGAACAUAAGUAACUUGGAUUGUACAUUAAUAGUAUAUGUAAUUUUAUGAU